AUGGAUAUCUGGAGGUACAUGUUCCUGCGCCAGCGACUUGUUGGCUUGCAAGAAGGUUGGGAAGAGCUUCAGCGUAUGUGGGAUAACCGACAACAUCUUCUCAGUCAAGGACUCAAUCUACAGAUGUUCUUGCGUGACGCCAAACAGGCUGAGGUUAUGCUCUCGCAGCAGGAGAAUUACCUCACCAAAGACGAAGCUCCAAGCAGCUUAGAGCAGGCCGAGAACAUGCUCAAGAGGCACCAGAUUCAUAAGAAGGCUCGUAAUAUCGAUGAACGUCGUGAGGCGAACCGUGAACGGGCGCAGGCGUUGCUCGCGAAAUGUGAAGAUGCACUCGCGUUGCAACAGUUCCUUUCUGACUGUGAAGAAUUGCGUGAAUGGAUCGAAGAGAAGAUGAUUCGUGCCCAAGAUGAGACCUACAGGUGCCGUUUUCUUUUUAGGCCUAAAAUCGACCGCCUUGACCAGCUUUGCAAACAUGCCGCUAUCGACUUGGGCGCUGAGAAGCCUGAAUUCACAGGCACCAUUGACCCCCAAAUCGUAGAACUUGCUCAUCAAUGGGAACAACUGGAGAAGACCACCGAAGAAAAGGGCCAGAAACUGUUUGAUGCCAACCGACAACAACUAUAUGUGCAGAGCAUUGCUGACAUGAAGCAGUGUCAUGCAUGUCACAAAAGAUUCACAGCAUUGAUCUUUGCAGGAAUGGGCUCGCCAGUGGAGAAGGAUAUGUCCGAGAAGAUCCAUGCUCUGACUGACCUCACCGAACUUGUAAAUGCGUGGCGAAUUCAGAAGCAGACAAAUGAUCCGAGGACAGAAAUGAUCAAGAAGUGCGAGUUUUAUCUACUACCUAGAUUUUUCGAGAAUCUGAACCUCAUACUUGUCCGAUUUAGAGCCCAGCACAUCGAUCAACUUAUGGAGAUGGAACCACAAUUGGAAGAGAUGCACCCAGAUGAGCUAGAGGAUAUUCGCGCUCAUAGGCUGGCUGUACAGGACAGCUCCAGAGGUCUAGGAUUUAUUAACUAUGCCGCAAUAUUAGAAAGAGGAUCGGAUAACAUCCCACCUCGUAUCCAGGAGAUUCGCGACUAUCUGAGAAAACUUCGCGAUCUUGCUAAUGCGAGGCGCCAGAGACUCGCUGGAGGCGUCGACUAUUACCAGUUCUUCACUCACGCUGAUGACGUCGAUGCGUAUCUUCUUGAUACUCUACGACUGGUUUCGAGCGAUGACGUCGGUAAGGACGAAGGCACCGUGCAGCUGCUUCUCAGAAAGCACGACGACGUAACUGAUGAGCUGAAAGGCUUCGACACGCACAUCAAACAGCUCUAUCAGAAGGCUGAAGCGCUGCCACCCGAUGUCGAUGAAAAGGAGAAUGUGGUGAUUCUUCAAAAAUUCCACAAUUCAUUGCACGGAGUGCAGGAACAGCUCGCUGAGUUCAACGCAUAUCGAACGCAGGAGAAGCCUCCAAAGUUCGAAGAAAAAGGUGAGCUGGAGGUGCUCUUAUUCACCCUGCAGUCAGCGAUGCGCGCCAACAAUCAGCGCCCAUUUGUGCCUCGUGAAGGAAAACUGAUCGGAGAUAUCAACAGGGCGUGGGACACGUUGGAGAAGGCAGAGCAUGAACGUGAGCUUGCUCUCAAAGAGGAGCUAAUCCGGCAAGAGAAACUUGAGCAGCUUGCUGCUCGAUUCAACCGCAAGGCAGAGAUGAGGGAGACCUGGCUUACCGAAAACCAGCGUCUUGUCAGUCAAGACAACUUCGGAUCAGAUCUCGCUAGUGUUGAGGCCGCUACAAAGAAGCACGAGGCCAUUGAAACAGACAUUUUCGCAUACGAAGAACGUGUACAAGCAGUUGUUGCUGUUGCAGGAGAACUUGAGGCUGAGAACUUCCAUGGAAUUGAUGAGAUCAAUAACAGGAAAGAAAAUGUGCUCAAGCUUUGGAAUUACCUAUUCCAGCUCCUUCUUGCUCGUCGUGUCAGGCUUGAGCUGUCUAUGGCGAUCCAGCGCAUAUUCCAUGAUAUGCUUCUUACAUUGGACCUUAUGGAUGAUAUGCGAUGGUUUGGCGUUCAACGCUCUCAUUCACAAGCACCGCCCAGACUUGAUCGACUACGACAAUUUGCAAAAGUCGAACGCUACGUUAAUGUCCGCGAUCCGGAUGAGAAGUCCAUCAUCACCUAUGUUGUUACUUACUACCACUACUUCAACAAGUUGAAGCAGGAGACUAUUCAAGGGAAACGUAUUGGAAAGGUUAUCAACGAACUCAUGGAGAACGAGAAGAUGAUUAACCAAGAACGAGAGCACGUGCAGAAGAAAACGUUCACGAAAUGGGUAAACUCUCAUCUAGUCAGAGUCAGCUGCAAGAUUCAGGAUCUCUAUAUGGAUAUGCGAGACGGAAAAAUGUUGCUAAAACUAUUAGAAGUUUUAUCCGGGGAACGCCUGCCGAAGCCUACCCGUGGAAAAAUGCGCAUCCAUUGUCUCGAGAAUGUCGACAAAGGCUUGCAGUUUCUCAAAGACCAGCAUGUACACUUGGAGAAUCUUGGCUGUCACGACAUCGUCGAUGGGAACCCUCGCCUAACCCUAGGUCUGAUCUGGACCAUCAUUUUGCGAUUCCAGAUCCAAGAUAUUACCUUCGAAGACGCUGACAACCAUGAGACGCGAUCCGCCAAGGAGGCGCUGCUACUUUGGUGCCAGAUGAAGACCGCUGGCUAUCCAAAUGUGAAUGUCAGAAACUUCACUACAAGAAUCGACCCCGACACGAACGAAGACGAGCUUCUCCAUUUAUUCAAUGAUACCGCAGCUACAGGCUGCCCAGUUCCUCCAACACCUAGUCCUAGCCUGGAGGUGUUCAUCCAAGCAAGAGAUGUUUCUGCUGAAUUACGAUCUCCCGGAGUCUAUCCUGGCUCGCCAGGAGCUCUGGAAGAACAGCGGAAGAGAGUUGAAAGCGCUCGCGGAAACCGAACUCAUUCCUCAACAGCGUCAGCGGUAUUGCUUGAUGAUCUAGUUGGGAAGAAAUCGAAUGAGAUCGAUUUGAGAGUCCGUGGUCUCAAA